ACGUUGGUUUUGUGUGUGGCUCUCUUUUCUUAUCCCUACCUGUGUCCAUCCUUUCUACUAUAUAUUCAAUGCAUUAUCUCUUCACUUCUUUCCUUCUUACUAUUACUCUUUCAAAUUCUAAUUCAGGUAGAUCAUGUCUGAUCAACCAAAUGGCCUGCCAGAGGACCGGACGUGGCCGGAGCUGAACUUACCGGAGUUGCUAGUGACUGGCACCGUCCGGGAAUUCCAUGCUGCCAUUGAGAAAGAGUGGGACUCUCUUCGGAGGUCAGCGUGCCAGACUGCAGCCGGAAGAGCCCUCUGGAAGCAUGUGACUCAUGACUCACUCGCGGAGCUACUAGCAGGGGAGACAUACCUGACAAGCCUUUACGAUAAGAUCAAGAAAGACCGGCUCAGCAAUGCCAGAGAAAUCUCCGGGGUCAUCCUUGCCAUUCGAACCCUCUGGUUUGAUUCCAAACUCGAAGCUGCUAUCAAUUCCUUUGGCGGUGGAGCUUCGCAAGUUGUUCUUCUUGGCGCAGGAAUGGAUGCAAGGGCUUACCGCUUAAGCUGCUUGAAAGAAAGCCACAUUUUUGAGGUUGAUUUUCCAGAGGUCUUGCAAAUGAAAACCACAAUUCUUCAGGCAGCAUCAGAAUCAACAAAUCAACACCAGCGUCAAGGGAUGACAGCAAAAUCCCUUAGCAGAGUGGCGGCUGAUAUCAGAAGCAAUGACUGGCUUGAAAAGCUUCAGAUAUCGGGGUUUGACCCAGAGAAGAAUACGGUGUGGGUUCUUGAAGGUAUCCUCUACUACCUCUCCCAAUCCCAUGCCAUGGAAGUAUUGAACAUUAUAGCCAACUAUUGCACUCUUACCCACACAGUCCUCUUAGCAGAUUUUAUGAACAAGCCAUCCACCACACUCUCCAGUUCCGUCUUCCACUUCUAUAGCGAUUGGCCCGAUCAUCUCCUACCAUCUUUAGGGUUUUCUGAUGUUCAACUUUCACAAAUCGGUGAUCCAGAUGCCCAUUUUGGGCUCUUGCAUGAUCCAUUAAAUCUGUUUGACAAGCUGCGUAGCUUGCCCAGAUCGAUUCAGACCCACCCAGAUGAUGGAACACCAUGCUGUCGCUUGUAUUUGGUGCAGGCUUCUGGUUCACCCAAUCAAACUAUUCCUUAGAGAGCCAGCUACCCAUAAAUUCUAGAUACUAUACAUGUCAACUCCCAAGUAUAGUGCAGGUGUAGGGAUCAUAUAUUUUUUGGUGUUGCCUUAAUAAUACAAAUUGCAUUUGGAUGACAACAUCACAACAUACUCUCUAAGCUAUUUGAUGAUUGUCUAAGCAAGUCAAAUUAUUUAUACUAAGAUAUAUUUCGAGUUCUUGUCCCA